AUGGGGGACGCCGCGGCGGCGUCGCCCCAGGCGGCGCCGCGGAAGCGCCGGCGCGGGGACGGGAUGCGCCGGGUGGCGGAGAUCGUGAUGGUGCUGGCGGCCGCCGGGGAGGUGCGGGGCGGGCGGGCGCCCACGGCGGCGGAGCGCGCGCUCGCGGCCGAGGCGCGCGAGCGCCUGGCCGCCGCCGUCGCCGAGGGCGCGGCCCGGCCCAGGGAUCUGUUCCCCGGCGAGGCGGUCCGCGCCCUCGUCGAGGAUCUCGGGCUCAACCGGGCCAGGGACCCCGCCGCCAUGGGGUUCCGCCCGCCCAGGGCCUCCAUCGCCGACAGGCUCCUUCUCACCAAGCGCAAGAUGGAAGAAGUUAAGGAACCUCCAGUGCAACAAGCAACCAUCACACCACAAACAACUGUCUCAACUGGAAUGGCUGAAUUCCAAGGUUCACAUGGAGCUCCCAUGUUUGCUGGUGGAUCUCUCAGGACUUCACCAGCUGUUGCAGCCUUGCCUACUACAGCACCAGCAACUUCUAACUCUGUAAUGGCCUUGAGACAGCAUGGAUCAUCUCCUAUAAAGCCAGUUACUAAUCCUUCAGUUGUUGCUGUAUCCCAUACUGCUCAACCACAUGUUAAGUUGGAAAGAGGUGUUAAUGGUCCUUUGAAUUUAACACGAGCGACCCCUGGCCACUUGAACAAAUCACUGCAUGAUACAUCUGCUAGGCCAAAUCUUAAUGCAGCACCGAGUACAAAUCAGAUCAUCAAAAGUCAGGACACAAAGGUAGCAACAAUUCAAGCUGCGACGGGAAACCCUGUUAUGGGACAUCAUGCUACACAAGGAACAGCAUCUGUUACUGCAAAACCUACUUUUGCCAACCACAAUGCAAUAGCAAAAAAUGUUCAGCACGUUCUGCAACAGCCGGCAAAUCAUCCUAGCUGGACUCCACCAUCAACCGAGUACAUGCAUGCUCGUUUGGACUGCCAGAUAUGCAAAGUUGCUAUCAUGGAUGCGAACAGUUUGCUUGUUUGUGAUGCUUGUGAGAGGGGAGCACACCUGAAAUGCCUUCAGCAUUAUGGUAAUAAAGGUGUUCCUACAGCUGACUGGCAUUGUCCAACAUGCGUAGCACAGAGUAAGGGUAAACCCCUGCCGCCAAAAUACGGCAAGGUUACAAGAACUGUUGUAGCAUCACAGGCUGGCCCACCUGGUGGUGGAACACAGUUCUCUGUUCAGGGAGCAGGAGAAAAUAUGAUUGCGAAGGAAAAUCAGCAAAAGGGUGCUACAAAUGGAAAUCUUACUAAGCCAAAUUCCAUGCAAGCUAGUAGCACUGUGCACAACAGUACUGUGUUGGCUCUUAGUGCUCCCACUGACCGUUCGCAAGCACAAAUACACUCUAUCUGUGAACCUGCAAAAGGAACUGCCAGUAAUGCCGAAACAUCCUCUAAUGAAAUGGAAUGGAAUGAGCAACCUUGCAGUAGUACAGGAUGUGAAUUGACUGCUGGCAGUAGUUUUGGUACUCCUUCUGGCAAAUCUCCUGACGAAAAAGUGAGCAGUGCAUUAUCUUUGCACUCUGUCGAUUCAGCCAACGACAACGCUCACGGUCAGCAACCUACAGUAACUUCUAGGAUAAAUUGUUCGGAUAGUUCAUUUGUUGUUGCCGCUGAAGCAAAGGUCAAGUUGGAAGCACAGUCUGAAGCCCUUCCGAGCGGAGAUGUGGAAAUGGCUGCUAAUAAUGGGACGCCUGUGGAUCAAGUGAUCCAUGGUGCUACUGAAGAAAAUAUUAGGACUCAAGCAACCUCUGCGCCAAAUGCAGACAAUGUGGAUAUUACUAACAACAUGGAAACACCAGUAGAUCAGGGCAGCAAUGUUGUUGCUGGAGAGAAGGUCCACACUGAAGCAGACUCUGAGACACAUGCAAUGGAAGAUGUGGAGAUGACUACCAGCACUGGGACACCAAUAGGUCAAAGCAACAACACUGCUAAAGAAGUUGAGUUGCAGACUGAUACAACCUCUCAGCCACAUGUGAUCAAAGAUAUGGAAGUGACUGCCAGCCCUGCAACAGGAGUGGAUCAAAAGAGCAACAACGGUAGUGAAGAAAAACCCUGGUCUGAACAAAUAUGUGCUGUCAAAGAUGUGCAAAUGACCACCGAUGCUAUAGCAAAUGGAUUAGUUGAGAAUGGAGUAACAGAACCUCUGAGCGUAGAGGCGGAUGCAGAUAAUUCUGACUUCAGUGCAAUGCCAGAUCAUCAUAACAACCAUCAGGUAAUUCUAAACGGGGUGGUACGUGUGAAGGAUGAAGUUCUAUGCAGUCAGGAUGGUGAACUUGAGGGUUGCACUGCAGCACCAAAAGAAGAAACUGACUAGAUUCAGUAUUAGGGUUGCAUCACAUUUAGUUUUGCAGAUGGGGAGUAUGAAGGAUCUGCCAGUAGUUCUGCUAGUGUCACUGAUUAGCAUGCUCUCUACAUUCUUCUGGGUCACUCUUCAUAGAUUAUGAGUCAUGGACAGCUAAUUUCGUCAAGGUCUAUACUGCCUCUUGGUGCCUCAUGAGGUUGUUGUACUUUAUGUAGUUCAUUCAAGCUAUCCGUUUCUAGUUAGUUGAUUCUUUUUCUUCCUUGAUCCUCUGUACUAAUCUUUGAGUCUGUAAUUAGAUAGGCUUUUAUUGUGAGGACUGAAUUAUUUUGCGUCAUAAUAAUGACUUUUCCUUUCACAA